CAAGGAAAAGUGUCAGCAGCAGGGUGCUUUUAAUUUACAUGUGCAGGUUGCUUUCUCCCAUACUGUCAGCAACAGAGCUGGUACCUGGUGAUAUUGUAGAAGUUAGUGUGGGUUGCAAAAUUCCCGCCGACAUGAGAAUGAUUGAGAUGUUGAGCAAUCAGUUACGUGUCGAUCAGGCAAUUCUGACAGGUGAGAGUUGUUCUGUGGAAAAAGAGCUCGAGUGUACUGUAGCAACAAAUGCUGUGUACCAAGACAAGACAAAUAUUCUUUUCUCGGGAACUGUGGUGGUUGCAGGUAGGGCAAGAGCUGUUGUUAUUGGAGUUGGUUCUAACACUGCCAUGGGAAGUAUACGUGAUUCUAUGUUGCGAGCAGAUGAUGAAGUGACACCCUUGAAAAGGAAGCUGGACGAGUUUGGUACGUUCUUGGCAAAGGUGGUUUCAUAUUCUGCCUUG